GGCAGGUGAGGAGGAAGUCAGUGUCCCUUUGGGCGGGUGUUGUGCUGGCUCUGUCAGCCGAGCAUGGCCCCGGCUGCAGGACAACCCCGCUGGCGCCGCCGUUCUGCUGGGGCCGGAGUUGGGGGGAUGUCCUUGGCCUUCCCUGUGGGCCGGAGGCAAAUCCCCUGCCUGUCCUUCUUGCUUCCUGCCCCAGGCCCCGAGCUGAGGACGGAGAGCCCGGAGGACAAAUCCCCCCAUGAGACCCUGGUGGGAGAGGCCGUUUUGAAGGGCUCCACGGCGCAGGAAGGCAACGGGGAGGAAAAGGGCCGGAGAUCCCCCCGCAGGAGGGGCUCCAAAGCCAGCCCAGGGUGCUCUGAGGAGGAAAGAGCCAGCCUGUGCCGGGAAGGUGGCCAGAGCCUGAGUGGGAGCUCUGACUUGGUGGUCCCUGAGCAGCCUCCCAGCAGAGAGAAACCCUUCAGGUGCUUGGAAUGUGGGAAGAGCUUCAGGCAGAGCACCCACCUGAUCCGACACCAGCACAUCCACACUGGUGAACGGCCCUACACGUGUGGGGAAUGUGGGAAGAGCUUUAGCCGGAGCUGCCACCUGAUCCGACACCAAUGCAUCCACACCAGGAAACAGCCCGGGAAAGCGGAUCUGUCCUUCCCAAAGCUUGGGCAGAUGGAGGAGGAGGCUGCGAGGAAGAGGAAGAUGCCUUGGUCCCCCCAGGCAGGCCCCGAGCUGAGGACGGAGAGCCCGGAGGACAAAUCCCCCCGUGAGACCCUGGUGGGAGAGGCCGUUUUGAAGGGCUCCCCGGUGCAGGAAGGCAGCGGGGAGGAAAAGGGCCGGAGAUCCCCCCACAGGAGGGGCUCCAAAGCCAUCCCAGGGUGCUCUGAGGAGGAAAGAGCCAGCCUGUGCCGGGAAGGUGGUUGGAGCUUGAGCAUGAGCUCCAACAUCAUGGUCCCAAGGCAACCUCCCACUAGAAAGAAACCCUUCAGGUGCUUGGAAUGUGGGAAGAGUUUCAGGAAGAGCUCUCACCUGCUCCGACACCAGCACAUCCACACAGGGAAAUGGCCGUACACGUGUAGGGAAUGUGGGAAGAACUUCAGAGACAGCUCUGAUCUCCUCAGCCACCAGCGCAUCCACACUGGAGAACGGCCUUACAGGUGUGAGGAAUGUGGGAAGAGCUUCAGUGACAGCUCCAACCUCCGCACCCACCAGCACAUCCACACUGGGGAACAACCCUACACGUGUGGGGAAUGUGGGAAGAGCUUCAGGCAGAGCUCCACCCUCCGCUCCCACCAGCGCAUCCACACCGGGGAACGGCCCUACAAGUGCUUGGAAUGUGGGAAGAGGUUUAGCACCAGCUCCAAUCUCUACACACAUGCGCGAACGCACACGGAUGAGAGGCCCUUCCGCUGCACCGACUGCGGGAAGGGCUUCAACCGGAACUGCACCCUCAUCAGGCACCGGCGCAUCCACACCGGAGAGAGGCCCUACAAGUGUGGGGAGUGUGGGAAGAGCUUCGCCCAGAGCUCUACCUUGACCUCACACCAACGGACCCACCACAGGGAGAAGCCCUUCAGGUGCUUGGAAUGUGGGAAGAGCUUCAGGAAGAGCACCCACCUCCUCGCCCACCAGCACAUCCACACUGGAGAACGGCCCUACUCUUGUGGGGAAUGUGGGAAGAGCUUUAGGCAGAGCUCCCACCUCCACACACAUCGGCGCAUCCACACUGGGGAACGGCCCUACUCUUGUGGGGAAUGUGGGAAGAGCUUCAGGGAAAACUCCAAACUCCUCAUCCACCAGCGCAUCCACACUGGAGAACGACCCUACAAGUGUGGGGAAUGUGGGAAGAGCUUCCGCCGGAGCUCCCACCUCCGCACCCACCAGCACAUCCACACCAGGAAGAGGCCCUACAAGUGUGGAGAAUGCGGGAAGAGCUUCAGUGACAGCUCCUAUCUCCCCAUUCACCAACGCAUCCACACCGGGGAACGGCCCUACAAGUGUGGGGAUUGUGGGAAGAGGUUUAGGACCACCUCACAUCUCCUCACACAUGAGCGGACACACACGGAUGAGAGGCCCUUCCGCUGCACCGACUGUGGGAAGGGCUUCAAGUACAACUUUUACCUCGUCACCCACUGCCGCGUCCACACCGGUGAGAGGCCCUACAAGUGUGGGGAGUGUGGGAAGACCUUCCCCCACAGUUCUACCCUAACCAAACACCAACAAACCCAUUGCAGGGAGAAGCCCUUCAGGUGCUUGGAAUGUGGGAAGAGCUUCAGUUGGAGCUCUUACCUCCUCACCCACCAGCACAUCCACACUGGGGAACGGCCUUACCCGUGUGGGGAAUGUGGGAAGAGCUUCAGGACCAGCUCCAACCUGAUCCGACACAAGCGCAUCCACACUGGGGAACAGCCCUACACGUGUGGAGAAUGUGGGAAGAGCUUCAACCGGAGUUCCCACCUCUUCACCCACCAGCACAUCCACACUGGGGAACGGCCCUACACGUGUGGGGAAUGUGGGAAGGGGUUUCAGACCAGCUCAGAUCUCCUGAAGCACAAGGCAACACACACAGGGGAGUGGGCCUUCCACUGCACCUACUGCGGGAAGGGCUUCAACCGGAACUCCACCCUUGUCACCCACCGACACAUCCACACUGGAGAGAGGCCCUACAAGUGUGGGGAGUGUGGGAAGAGCUUUGCCCAGAGGUUUGGCUUGACCUACCACCUAAGGACCCACCAGUAAGGGAAGCCCUACCAG